AUGCAUCCAGACAGCAUAUUUCCUCCUCAAGUGCCCUCGCUGAUCCUGUCUUUGGUGCAGCUCCACGCGCUCACGCUGAAGUGUCGCGCGUGCGAGCGCGUGGAGCUGCCACGCUCUGUGAACGAGAACGCUUCAGCGCUCAUCCAUCACAAACGCGCGCGCUCCAGGUGCGCCCUGACGUCAAUGCGGAAGUGUGUGCAGUCAGUCCAUGGAGAGGAAACCGCUGCAGACAGCAACAUGUCCAACAAUGGCGAUAUUCGCUACUGCCACAGAUUCUCCUACGUGUUCCUCAAGUUCCUCUUGUGUUUCUACUCUAUCAUCUUCUGGUUGAUCGGAGGCUGUAUCCUGGCCAUAGGCAUCUACGCAGAGGUGGAGCGGCAGCGCUACAAGACUCUGGAGGGACUGUUUUUGGCUCCAGCUAUAAUCCUGAUUGUGCUGGGCAUCGUCAUGUUUGUUGUGUCAUUUAUUGGUGUUUUGGCUUCACUGAGGGACAAUCUAACUCUGCUUAAAGGGUUUAUGUAUACACUGGCAGUUUGCCUGAUCCUGGAGCUGCUGGGAGGGGUAUUAGCUCUGGUCUUCCGCAACCAAGCGGUGGAUUUGGUCAAUCGAAAUAUCAGAAGAGGCAUAAAAAACUACUAUGACGAUUUGGACUUCAAGAACAUUAUGGAUUUUGUUCAGAAAGAGUUUAAGUGUUGCGGAGGUCAGGAGUACAAAGAUUGGUCGGUCAACAUGUACCACAACUGCUCUGCUCCCGGCCCUUUUGCCUGUGGCGUGCCCUACACCUGCUGCAUCACCACCAAGCCUAAUGAAGUGGCCAACACUCUGUGCGGAUACAAAGUGCUGGAGAAAGAGCGUUUGGAUUUAAUCGAUGUCAUUCAUAUCCGAGGCUGCACUGACGCCUUCUUCAUCUGGCUCACGGACAACUACAAGUACAUGGCAGCUCUGCUACUGGGCAUCCUGCUGCCCCAGUUUUUUGGUGUGAUUGUGAGUUGGCUGUACAUCACUCGAGUGGAAGAUGCAAUAACGGAGUACGGCCAUUACAUGGACGGGCUGCUGGAGACCGACGGAGGGAGGGAGACCAAGACCCACGGCCGUGUUACAAAGUGGUUUAAGUGCAUGCCCGACAUGGACUAG